AUGGUUAAAGAGGACGCAGUUGUCAGUAAGCUGUUCAAACGGACUGAGGUCAUUGGUAGGGGUCGAUUUGGUGUGGUUUACAAGGGGAUCAACAGGCAAACGAACCGGGUUGUUGCCAUCAAAGUCCUUAAUCUUGACACAGGCGAGGAUGAGGUGAAAGAAGUCCAACAGGAGAUUCAGUUUCUCAGUCAGUUGAAACAGGCCCCUAAUAUCACACACUAUCAGGGCUCCUAUCUGAAUGGUACGCGGUUGUGGAUCAUUAUGGAUUACUGCGCUGGAGGAGCAUUGCGAUCUCUUUUGAAAACAGGACCCAUAGAAGAACGCUAUUGCGCCGUAAUCAUGAGAGAGUUAUUAAUAGCGCUUCAUUAUGUCCACAAGGCUGGUGUUAUCCAUCGUGACUUGAAAGCAGCUAAUAUUUUGAUCACCAAAGAGGGAAAUAUACAACUGUGCGAUUUUGGAGUUGCAGCUCAGUUGACCAGUACCAGCGUAAAGAGAACCACCAUGGCUGGUACUCCAUACUGGAUGGCCCCGGAGGUCAUCAUGGAAGGAGCUUCCUAUAAUGCCAAGGUUGAUGUAUGGUCACUGGGAAUUACUGCAUAUGAAAUCUCCACGGGAAAUCCUCCCUACUCUGAUAAGGAUGCUAUGAGAGCCAUGCAACUGAUAACAAAGUCUAAGCCCCCCAGAUUGGAAGGAAGACAACACUCCACUGUGUUGAAGGAAUUUGUAGCACUAUGUCUGGAUGAGAAUCCGGAAGAACGCCCCACCGUGGAGGAGCUACUAGGUUGCAAGCUCGUUAAAUCAUCCAAAAAUGUGCCAAACUCCAUUCUAAAGGAGCUAAUCGCCAGGUAUUUGUUGUGGAGAGAAACGAAAGGAUCAAGGGAAAGCAUAUACAACAUUGAUGAUGAGCUUGAAAAAAAUAAAGAAGCGGAGGAAGAAGGUUUGGAAAUCAAAUGGGAUUUUGACAGUCUCAGUAGUGCAGACUAUUCAAACUAUUACAUGAAUGAGGAUUCAGACCACGAGUAUCUUCCAGGCGAGGAAGCGACAUAUCAACCAACAUAUGGACAAACAACAGUCAACAAAACAGUCACAGGUACUUUACGGGAUACAGUCAAGAAAGAGACGCCAAAAUCUUUGCUUCAACUAUUUGACGAAGGUUCCGAGUCGAAACCCUCACCUGAGGAAAUUGCACCAAGGCCUACGCAACAAUCCCCUAUAGUGGAGAUUGAAAUCCCUAACAUGGACGACCUUUCGGUAAGUACACCCAGCGGAAGUAAUGGACCGACCAAAUUAAGAUCGUCAACCGUCUCCAGAGCCCAAAGUAACAUUGAAGUGCCUCUCUCAACUAGGAGAUCAAAUACUAUUUCCAAUGCAAGGAUACCACUUGCUCACACAGCAAGUAAUUUGUCGUCCGCAUCCAUUCAAGCAACCAGAAAGACACCGUCUCCUAAGAAAGCAUUUCCAGAUAUGAAUUCUCCCCCAAAGAAAUCGAUCAACACUCCCCCACAAAUGAAGCCCAUGCCUUCAACCACAAACAUGCCCAUGUUACAACCUAUUAAUAAAGCUGCAUCCGGUCCUAUUCCCCUAUCACAACAACCACCUACCGGGGAAUCAAAGGACAACAAAACUUUACGGAAUAAAAGUUAUCUUACAUUACAAAUGCCACAACCAACGUUACCUAGUCCUUUGCAAGAACAGCUGCAAGUACCAACAUUUCCUGCCACCAAUGGCAAUUCUCCUAAUAGUGAGACGUCUGAUCAAAUUAAUCAGUUUGGUGUGAAUGCCACUCAAGCCGCUCAAGUUCCAUUAGCGAUGACACCUCUCACGGAGAGAUCCUUCAGCUCGAUCAUGGGUAGCGCAACUACUCCUGAGAAGAUUAAUGCUAGUCAGCCUACAACAGGUACCAAGCCCACCGAUUCUUCAUCAGGUUCCUUUGAUGAGCACGAUUCGAAGCCUGCACCAUCGUCUACGACUGUCAAUAGGCCUCCAAUUGCAUUGCCACAACUGGAUAGCAAGCUAUUCAGUGAUAUGACAUCGAAGCAAGUCUUGGUAAAUGAGAUUGGAGCUUUACUGGAUCAAAUGAACAACACAUUGAGCACAAUAGAAGAUGAUUUUGCAAUGAUGAUGGAAUGA